AUGUCCAAAAAUACGUCGUACCCGGAAACGUCUCACAGCUCUCCCAAUCCAGAGCAAACGAAUAGAGAUACAUCGAGAUAUGGACACAAACCUAAGUACGAAAAUAUAUACAACAGACUUAAAACGUACAAAAGUAUAUCUAAUAGAGACUUUAAAAACGUAUGCAAAAGCAUAAUAUCGAGCAAGGGUAUAUCUGGAAAUACAAAGCAAGGAUCACACUUGACCAGUAAGAACAAUCCAGAAAACUUGCCUCCAUUCAACUGGAUCGCCGAGGCUAAGAUCUACAACCACAACUACUUGAAGGUCCCCCCAGAAUGGAUCACCGACGGCGUCGAUAUCAUAGUGUUGAGUUUUUCUUUGCGUGACAUAGACAGGCCUGAUAAUAUUAUGGAAACGUUCUAUGAGAUGUAUGAGAAUGCGCGUUACAUCAACCUGCCUAUAGAAGUAAUUAAUGUCCCUAUGGACGAUAAUAAGCAGGACAUGUGCAUCAGCUACGACGACCAAGCCAACUGGUUCACUCUCAUGUUUAAUGACCCUCUAAUAAUCAUUCUUCAGUACAUCUAUGGUGUAACCUCUCUUCCUCAUCUUGUAGUGUUGAAAACUGACGGAACUGUGGUCUCCGCUCAUGGGAUAUCAGAUAUAGAUGCGUACGGAAAGAACGCCUUAAUAACUUGGAUGUCCACGUCAGCAUUGAGUAUUCAGCCUAAAAGGGUAAGUAAGGAAUUGCAAAUGUUUGGUCCUAACUGGAGAUACUUGAGUAUCGGUGCUGGGGGAGCUCCCAAAAGAGACAUUUAUCGAAAAAAACAUGCUAGGAAGCAUGCUAAAGGGCGACACAGCUCCGUUACUAGGCGUCAUGGGACACGAUCUAAGAAAGAAAAAGAACAAGGAGUGCCUCAUGAAAAGGCACCUAGUGGGUCAGCAAGCGACAGAAAGGAAGAGACAAAGAAUUAA